GGAAGUGGUAAGGGGUGAUUCCUCUCACUCCCACUAGCUCCUUCUCGCCCUACUGUAACAACAGCAGCAUCAAGACAAGAGAUAACCUAAAGAUGGAAGAAUUUGAAGAUGGUGAAGCUCCUCCUGCUGGGGAACUGACUCAAUGCAACACCUGUAAAAGAUGUUUCUUCCCUAAAGUCCUGGAGAAGCAUGCUAAAAUCUGCCAAAAGUCAGCAGCCAAAAAGAGGAGGGUUUUUGACUCCAGUCGACAGAGAGCUGAGGGUACAGACCUCCCCACACUCAAACCCCUCAAACCAAAGGCACUUUCAAUUGUAUUUCAGUCACAAAGUUCAACUUCAGCUGUGAAACCGGAACCCCCUAAGAAGCAAUCCAACUGGCGCAAGAAACAUGAGGAUUUCAUCGCUACCAUCCGGGCUGCCAAGAACAUCACUCAGGUCUUGAAGGAAGGGGGACCACUACCCCCACCACCUCCUCCUACUUAUGACCCAGACUAUGUCCAGUGCCCUUUCUGUCAGCGGAGGUUCAACGAGAGUGCAGCUGACAGACACAUCAAGUUCUGCCAGGAGAAGUCCGCCCGUAUGCCCAAGGGCAAGUUAGGAGAAGUCAAGAAGCCCGCUGCCCGCACACCGGUCAAGCCUCCUGCCUCCGUAAAGAAGGUCAACUCUCCUACCGUGUCUACCAUCCCUUCAGCCUCCUCUCGUUUACCCCAGAGAUCAGGCCUCGGACAGCCCACCGGGAUCCCUUCUAGUAAGGUCUCUUCUGCAGGUCCAGUACGAACUAAUCCAUCCGGCCUUACAAGCCCUCCAUCAGGUGUGGGAAGUAAGCCCCGAGCAGUGGGCUCUGGCUAUGGCUCUGUGAGGAACCCUCAGUCUGGAAUAGCGCUGAACAAGAAGAAAGCAGACACCUACAUAUCUAGGAAUGAUGUCGACGGCGAUGACGGGGUUGGCAACGGCGGGAUGAAGAGCAAGUUCUGUCAUGACUGUGGGACCAAGUACCCCGUCGAAGCCGCCAAAUUCUGCUGCGAGUGCGGUGUCAGGAGGAUGUGUGUCUGAUGGAGGUUAGAGGAAGGAGAAACUAGAAGUACUGUAUGGGGGAUGCACCGGGGAAUCAAACUAGCAUCAGAGGGUUUCACCAAAGCUAAUCCGUCUGCAUUUUCACGCUUGUGGGUCUAAUUUCACGGCAGUAAAUAUGUGUAACCGUCGGCAGGCAACCCUAUGAUGCCGUGUUUUCUCUUUCUAGUUGCUGUUUAGUCUUCUUGGGAUUUGCUGGUUCUUUCCACUAUUAUCACAUUCUUCAAUGCUUCCUGCUGAAUAGUAUACGAUUUUCUGAUUAGUACACAUUCUGCCCAUUUUCAUUAUACAAAUAUAAUAAUCAUAGUCUACAACAAAUUAAACAUUUAGUCACUUAUUACUCUGACUGGCGGCUGAUGGAUUUCACUGGAAACCUGCUCUGGUAUAAAGUUAUGUUACACUGUGUUAAGGUUCAUGAUAUCAGUAGUUGAUACGGCUGACACGUGAACAACCCACGCCGCAGCUCUUUAACCUCCUCUUUACUGCUGUUACUGUCGCGGCUGUUUGCACCAGCUCACACACAGGAACAGUAUUGCCGUGAAACUAGAGGCCAUAGAUAGAUUAAGAAUUUGGAAUAAGAGAAAAAAAAUCCAGUUAAAAGAAUUUUGUUCAUGAGACUCUAAGUCUGUAUUAUUACAAAAAUAUCAUUUUAUUGUUGCUGGACAAUAAUUGAGAGUUUAGCACCCUAUAGAGCGGAGUCAAUAUCAGCAAUUUGAAGCUAUUGGUGCAUCCUUAGAAGAGAGUAGAGAAGAGAUGAGUAAGAGAGUAGAUAAAAAGCGAAGAGGUGGGUUGUAAAAUAUGAAUGAGGAGGUAAAGGACAAGUGUUGGGUGACUCAUCAAAAGGUGGGUGUGAUCGCCCCUAUAUCUCAAUCCCCAGUCAACCGUGAUCUGAAAUGCAUUCCUUAAUCCCAUUUGCCCCCGCUUCCUCGCAAACCGUUCCUAUUGAAGUGCAAUAUGAUUGACUACUGAAGAAAACAAUGUGGUUUUCUAAAGGAAAUGUGUUGUAAUUUUGGAAAAGACAAGGGACCAGUCCAAAAAACCCCCCCGAAAAAGUUCCCUUUAAGGUCACUUUACAGGCAAAGUUUGUUUCCAGCUAUCGCAAUGUUACCAUCCUACGCCUGAUGUUUCUAGACACAUGUAGCAUUUUAAUCACACCCCUUUUAUCCCAACUGAUUUUAUACAAUGUAAUUAUUUAUUUUCUUAUUCCCUUUGCUUUUACUGAAUGAACAAUGUCUGCAUCUCUUUUGUUAAGAAUUAAAAAUGUUUUUUCUUUGGAUUUGUUAAUGCACCUGGAUGUGUUGCAGUUUCCUUGACGGUGUUUCUAUCGAGUCAGUAUUCAAUGCAUUAAGAUAUUUAGAGUACAGUAACACCGCAGUCAUUUGAAAUGCUCUGUAAGGGUAUGGUUGAUCCCGCUGCUUCAUAUAACAGACACUAUUUAUGACCCCGCAUUUACAGGUGGGACACUAAAAGAGGGAACGGCCUCUACUUGAGGAGCAUUAUUAACGUUCAUUAAACGUCCCACGCUUUUAACAGUGUACGGUAAUCUAAAAAGUCCUUUGAUAAUCAAUAAACCAACCAUAUUAACAUGACAGGAAAUGUUUGAUAAGACUGGACAGGUGUGUUUCCCUGUACUGAUACGACAGCUGUUAGUCCGGAUACGGUUGUGCACUUGAUGGCAUGUAUAUCCACCAUCAAUAAAUUUCUAUGAGGA